AUGCGCUCCAAUCCCAACAUCGUCGUCACGGGCACGCCCGGCGUCGGCAAGACGACGCACUGCGAGGCACUGGCCGAGCGCACGGGGCUGAGGCACGUGUCGGUCAACCAGGUCGUCAAGGAUCGCGGCUGCCACGAGGAGUGGGACGAGGAGUACUUGAGCUGGAUCGUGGAUGAGGAUAAGCUGCUCGACGCUCUAGAGGAGGAGGUCAAGGCUGGUGGUUGCAUCAUCGACUGGCACGCGUGCGACCUGUUCCCGGAGCGCUGGAUCGACCUCGUGGUCGUACUGAGGGUGGACUCGAGCACGCUGUACGAUCGGUUGUCUGCGAGAAAAUACCCCGAGGCGAAGCUGCAGGAGAACCUCGACUCGGAGAUCAUGGAGGUGCUGCUGCAGGAGGCGCGCGAAUCGUACGCUGAGGAGAUCGUCGUUGAGCUGACCAGCAACACGACCGACGAGAUGGAGAGCAACGUCGACCGCAUCGAGGCGUGGGUCAAGCAGUGGAAGGAGAACACCCGUCCUGAGGGUGGCAAGGAUGGCGAUGGUAACGGUACUGGGGAGGCGUAG